AGAUAAAGGGUAUUACUGGCCAUUAGUGUCCUGUGGAUUAUCCUAAUCCAGCCCUCGUGCUGUCAGAGUGGCUACAGUAGAGUGCUUCAGUGUGGUCCUGUCACUGUGUAGGCAUGAAGAUGGAAUCCCAUGGACAGUGUGUUCUGUUGGCCCUCCUGCUUGUGUCUAACGUUCUAAUCCGUGUACACGCCCAGGAGGGGGAGGAGGUGACUGAGACAUGGACAGGACGAGCCUGUAAGUGUGACUGUGAGGGGGCAGAAUCACCAACCCAGUUCACUUCCCUCUCCCCCACCCCACCACGUGUCAUGGAGUGCAUGCCAGAGUGUCCAUACCACAAGCCCCUGGGUUUGGAGGCUGGAUCAGUCAGACCAGACCAGAUCAGCUGCUCCAACGAGGAUCAGUACACUGGCUGGUUCUCCUCCUGGCUCCCCAGCAAUGCCAGACUCAACAACCAGGGCUUUGGGUGUGCUUGGCUGUCUAAGUUCCAGGACAACAGCCAGUGGUUGCAGAUUGACCUGAAGGAGGUGAUGGUGGUGUCUGGUAUCCUGACCCAGGGGCGCUGUGACGCUGACGAAUGGAUCACCAAGUACAGCGUCCAGUACCGCACCGACCAGAAUCUCAACUGGAUCUACUACAAGGACCAGACGGGGAACAACAGGGUGUUCUACGGGAACUCGGACCGCUCCUCCUCGGUUCAGAACCUCCUGCGUCCUCCCAUGGUAACUCGCUACAUCCGUUUGCUCCCUCUGGGCUGGCACACACGUAUCGCCAUCCGCAUGGAGCUGCUGCUCUGCAUGAGCAAGUGUACCUGAUUCUGUCUGUCCUGACGACCAGGGUCACACUCAGCAGGGUACAACACCGUGGAACGUUCAGACAGAACAUGUAAUGAAUAGAACUGACAUGAUUCUACAUGACUAGAAGUCAUAUUGGUUCUACACAAUAUAUUUCUAUGUGACGGUCCUGUAAUGAUACACCAUCCUGAACAGGCCCAAGGAGAGCCCUGGUCGUUCCCCUGGUCGUUCCCCUGGUCGUUCCCUAUGCCAAGGUGGAAUCUACUGCUCUGGAAACCCUAGUUUCCUUUCCUUUCCCAAACGGUUAAGUAAUAUCUCUCUCCCAGGGAUGGGGUUUAUAUGUGUGAAAAGGUCCAUUCUGUUUUCAGAUUAGAUGUGUUACAACAACAGUUUUAUUUAUGAUAUUUUUUUUACACUGAACAUAAAGGGGUGGAUGGCCAGGUGUUUCCACUUGGGUGAGGAAGAGUGGAUAAAUACACGCCUGUGAACUGACAAACACAGAGAAAUUGGGGAUGAUUAUGUGAUGAGGAAAGCUCAGAGAAAGAGAAGACUACCAGUCCUGUGGUUAACUGGAUGUUGUGUACUGUACUGUGCUGUACUGUACUGUGUUGUGUACUGUGCUGUAAUGUACUGUGUUGUGUACUGUACUGUACUGUACUGUGCUGUGUUGUGUAUGUAGUUUGUGACAUCAGUGAUGUAGAGGUAUCGUUCAUUGCUUGUUUUAUUGUAUUCAUUUAAAGUUGACCAAAACCAGUUCCUGAAAUAAAGACAAACUCUUGUA